AUGCAGUCACUGCUACCUCCCCUCCUCCUCCUCCUGCAGUCACUACGUCCUCCCCUCCCCCCCCCAUGCAGUCACUGCUUCCUCCCCUACUCCUCCUGCAGUCACUACUUCCUCUCCUCCUCGUCUUGCAGUCACUACGUCCUCCCCUCCUCCUCAUGCAGUCACUAUGUCCUCCCCUCCUCUUCCUGCAGUCACUACUUCCUCCCUCCUCCUGUAGUCACUACGUCUUCCACUCCUCUUCCUGCAGUCACUACUUCCUCCCCUCCUCCUCCUGCAGUCACUACUUCCUCCCCUCCUCUUUCUGCAGAUAUUACGUCCUCCCCUCCUCCUCCUGCAGUCACUACGUCCUCCCCUCCUCCUCCUGCAGUCACUACGUCCUCCCCUCCUCCUUCUGCAGUCACUACUUACUCCCCUCCUCUUCCUCCAGUCACUACUUCCUCCCCUCCUCCUUCAGUCACUACGUCUUCCCCUCCUCUUCCUGUAGUCACUACUUUCUCCCCUCCUCUUUCUGCAGAUACUACGUCCUCCCCUCCUACUCCUGCAGUCACUACGUCCUCCCCUCCUCCUCCUGCAGUCACUACGUCCUCCCCUCCUCUUCCUGCAGUCACUACGUCCUCCCCUCCUCUUCCUGCAGUCACUACGUCCUCCCCUCCUCCUCCUGCAGUCACUACGUCCUCCCCUCCUCUUCCUGUAGUCAGUACUUCAUCCCCUCCUCUUCCUGCAGUCACUACGUCCUCCUCCCCUCCUCUUCCUGCAGUCACUACGUCCUCCCCACCUCUUCCUUCAGUCACUACGUCCUCCACUCCUCUUCAUGCAGUCACAACUUCCUCCCCUCCUUUUCCUGAAGUCACUACGUCCUCCCCUCCUUCUACUGCAGUCACUACUUCCUCCCCUCCUCUUCCUGUAGUCAGUACUUCAUCCCCUCCUCUUCCUGCAGUCACUACGUCCUCCUCCCCUCCUCUUCCUGCAGUCACUACGUCCUCCCCACCUCUUCCUUCAGUCACUACGUCCUCCACUCCUCUUCAUGCAGUCACAACUUCCUCCCCUCCUUUUCCUGAAGUCACUACGUGCUCCCCUCCUUCUACUGCAGUCACUACUUCCUCCCCUCCUCUUCCUAGAGUCACUACGUCCUCCUCUCGUUCUCCUGCAGUCACUACUUCCUCCCCCCCUUCAUGCAGUCACUACGUCCUCCCCUCCUUCUCCUGCAGUCACUACUUCCUCCCGUCCUCCUGCAUUUACUACGUCCUCCCCUCCUCUUCCUGCAGUCACUACGUUCCCCCCUCCUCCUGCAGUCACUACGUCUUCCCCUCCUAUUCCUGCAGUCACUACGUCCUCCCCUCCUUCUCCUGCAGUCACCACUUCCUCCCGUCCUCCUGCAGCCACUACGUCUUUCCAUCCUCUUCCUGCAGUCACUACUUCCUCCCCUCCUCCUGCAGUCACUACGUCCUCCCCUCCUGCAGUCACUACUUCUUCCCCUCCUCUUCCUGCAGUCACUACGUCCUCCCCUCCUUCUCCUGCAGUCACUACUUCCCUCCUCCUUCUGCAGUCACUACGUCCUCCCCUCUUCCUGCAGUCACUACUUCCUACCCUCCUUCUCCUGCAGUCAUUACAUCCUCCCCUUCUCUUCCUGCAGUCACUACGUCCUCCCCUCCUCCUCCUGCAAUCACUACUUCCUCCCCUCCUCUUCCUGCAGUCACUACGUCCUCUCGUUCUCCUGCAGUCACUACUUCCUCCCCUCCUCUUCAUGCAGUCACUACGUCCUCACUUCCUUCUCCUGCAGUCACUACUUCCUCCCCUCCUCCUCCUGCAGACACUACGUCCUCACCUCCUCUUCCUGCAGUCACUACGUCCUCUCGUUCUCCUGCAGUCACUACUUCCUCCCCUCCUCUUCAUGCAGUCACUACGUCCUCACUUCCUUCUCCUGCAGUCACUACUUCCUCCCCUCCUCCUCCUGCAGUCACUACGUCCUCACCUCCUCUUCCUGCAGUCACUACGUUUUCCCCUCCUCCUCCUGCAGUCACUACGUUUUCCCCUUCUCUUCCUGCAGUCACUACGUCCUCCCCUCCUUCUCCUGCAGUCACUACUUCCUCCCCUCCUCCUUCUGCAGUCACUACGUCUUCCCUCCUCUUCCUGCAGUCACUACUUCCUCCCUCCUCCUGCAGUCACUACGUCCUCCCCUCCUCCUCCUGCAGUCACUACGUCCUCCCCUCCUGCAGUCACUACUUCCUCCCCUCCUCCCCCUGCAGUCACUACGUCCUCCCCUCCUCUUCCUGCAGUCACUACUUCCUCCCCACCUCCUGCAGUCAUUACAUCCUCCCCUUAUCUUCCUGCAGUCACUACUUCCUCCCCUCCUCCUCCUGCAGUCACUACGUCCUCCCUUCCUCUUCCUGCAGUCACUACGUCCUACCCUCCUCCUCCUGCAGUCACGACUUCCUCCCCUCCUGCAGUCACUACUUCAUCCCCUCCUCAUGCAGUCAUUACAUCCUCCCCUUCUCUUCCUGCAGUCACUACUUUCUCCCCUCCUCAUGCAAUCACUACUCCCUCUACUGUCGUCUAUACCUCUUCUUUAUCUUCUGA